AUGAACGCCAUGUUCCAUAGUAUACUCGCAAAAAACCAGGGAACACACUUGUCAAAGUUCCUUUUGGCCUACUAUGACGCUGCAUCCACGUACUAUAGUUUCUGCGCCAAGGCCUGCGUCCUCCUGAGGGAUACGGUAAUCGGCCAGAAUGUGCACGUGACUGUGAACGACGUUGAAAGGGUACCGAAAAAAAAAUUGGUUUACGAGAUUGAGGACAUGUUAAAGAUGCAUGGUUUCAUCUACCCAAAGGGUGAGACUUACGAUGAUGAUGGAUUUUCGUUCGACUUUGUAAACACGUUGGAGCAAACCAAGGACAAGAACGCUAUGAGUGAUGGUGACACAACGUAA